AUGGCUCUAUCACUCGGGAAGAUCACCAUUCUCCUUGGUGCAGGUCUUGUUGGUUCAGCAAUUGCUAAAAAAGAAGGUCUAUUGCCAGAUGUAUCUGGUCUUGUAUCUGGUGCUUUCAAGGUUUUAAGGCAACUUCAAAGCUCUGAUCCUACUCCAACUGUUAAAAACCCACAAAAUGAUGCUUUGCGUGCUCAGGUUGAUAGCCUUCGGCAGGAAAUAGAAUUUCUAUUAAGAGAAAAAUCAAUCAUUUUUGUAAAUCCAAGUGGAUCAGGAAGAAAAUAUGUAACAGUGGUCAUAAUUGGGGUAGGAUGUGGAUGCCUUUGGUGGAAGGGAUGGAUUCCUAAUAUGAUGUUUGCAACAAGGCGCAGUUUAAAUGAUGCCUGUACAGGCAUUGGUAAUCAGCUAGGGAAGGUUUAUGAAUCAAUUGAGCAAGCCAAAAAGAAUAUAUCUGCUAGAAUUAAUGGCGUGGAAAAGAUAAUGGAUGAAUCUGCAGUCAUCGUAGAAAUUAUCGAAGAUGAUAUCAAUAAAAUACGAAAUGAAACAGAAAAAAUAAAUGGAGAUAUGACCGGUGUUGAUACUUUUAUCCGUGUUAUUGAAUCUAAAAUCAGUGAAAUAGAAGGGAAUCAGAUUGCCACAAAUUUAAAAAUUGAGGGAAUAUGUCGAAUUACUGAUGGUUUGCAGAAUGGCACUGCACAGGCGUCUAUUCAGGCACCCUUAUCCAAGCCAACCCUUGAGCUACCGCCUCCCAGCGUAAGCGUUUCACCAUCUCCCAGCGCUCUGCCGUCAGGUCCUUCCAGGCUAUAUCUUGAGCAGCCUUCUAUUACACCAGUAAUAUCACGGACUGGGUCCGUGCCUCCAAUUAGGUCAGCUGAUCCACCAUCUCCAUCAAAUACGGUUGUAUCUGACCAGGAGAGCAGUGAAAUUUCAGAACAGAGAAAUUUCUCUAGUAGUAAUGUGAAUUCUAUGAAGACUCCUCCUAUAGAAAACAAGAAGAUCAAUGGAUCUAGUGCCGGUGGCUUUUUUGGGAUAAACUUGUCAAGUGUCUAUGCUCCAUUGCUGAGAACUCGCAGUGCAACCAACUCAGUAAUACAACAAACUCGUCCAACUAGAUGA